AUGUUCAAUGUGUGUUUUUUUUUUGGUGCAAUAUUUGGUGGUCUCAUGUUGCUGAGAUGGCUUCUUAAGAAUGUGAAUUGGUGGAUCCAUGAACGUCCAUUAGGCGAUAAGCAGUAUAAUCUACCUCCAGGAGAUAUGGGACUCCCCAUCAUUGGCAAUAUGUGGUCUUUUCUCUUGGCCUUCAAGUCUGGUCGUCCUGAUUCCUAUGUUGGCUCCAUUGUCAACAAAUACGGCAACACUGGAAUAUACAAAGCGUUACUGUUUGGAUUUCCAAGCGUCAUUGUGACAACUCCUGAAGGAUGUAAGAAAGUUUUAAUGGAUGAUGAAAAAUUUGAGCCUGGUUGGCCUGCUUCCACAGUGGAACUCAUGGGAAAGAAAUCAUUCAUUUCAAUCCCUUAUGAAGAACACAAACGUCUAAGGCGUCUGACUUCUGCUUCCAUCAAUGGCAUGGACGCCUUGUCCUUUUACUUGACCAAAAUUGAAGACAUUGCCAUAACUUCUUUGGAGAAAUGGAGUAAGAUGGGAGAGAUUGAGUUUCUCACUGAGCUGCGAAGAUUCACCUUUCGCAUCAUCAUGCAUAUUUUCUUAGGCUCUGAGGGAGACACCGUGAUGCAUAAUCUGGAAAAUGAGUACACAGCCCUAAAUCUUGGGGUUCGAGCUAUGCAAAUUAAUCUUCCUGGAUUUGCAUAUCAUAAGGCCCUCAAGGCUAGGAAGAAACUAGUGUCAGUAUUUCAGAGUGUUGUUGAUCAACGACGAAAGGAAAAGAAGGAAAAUGUUCAUUAUAGAAAAUCCAGGGACAUGAUCGAUGGUCUUAUGAAUGCAGAAGAUGAAAACGGAAACAAAUUGGAUGAUGAACAAGUCAUUGAUACGAUGUUAAUGUAUUUGAAUGCUGGUCAUGAGUCUUCAGGUCAUACUACCAUGUGGGCAACAGUUUACUUGCAGCAACACCCAGAAUGUUUCCAAAAGGCUAAGGCUGAGCAAGAAGAAAUCAUCAGAAGAAGGCCUCCAACACAGACUGGGUUGACACUAAAGGAAAUUCGACAAAUGGAAUAUCUUUCUAAGGUUAUUGAUGAGACCAUGCGUUUGGUAACUUUCUCAUUGACUGUCUUCAGGCAGGCAAAAUCAGAUGUGAAUAUCAAUGGCUACCUUGUUCCAAAAGGAUGGAGAGCUCUUGCUUGGUUCAGGACUAUUCACUAUGAUCCUAAGAUAUAUCCAAAUCCCAUGGAAUUCAAUCCUUCCAGAUGGGAUAAUUUUGUCCCGAAAGCUACAGAGUUUAUGCCGUUUGGAGCAGGAAGCAGACUAUGUCCAGGAAAUGAGCUUGCAAAGCUGGAGAUUAUUGUAUUUCUUCAUCAUUUCCUUCUCAACUACAAGCUUGAACGUUUGAAUCCUAAGAGUCCUGUGAUGUAUCUUCCUCAUACAAGGCCCAUUGAUAACUGCGUGGCGAGGAUUCACAAAGUCUUCGAAGCAUGAUCACUCUUGGAUAGACAAAUAAAUAAAAGCCGC